UAUUAAUACUAGUGUCUAGCCUUGCAUCUACGUUACUCUUAAAUCUAUCUUUGGAUCCAACAAAAAACAGCUUGUCGGUUUCAAAUUCUGUAGGGAGGAUAAGGAGAAAGCAAAAUGAGUGACACGAAUCACUCCAGAAGUUCCCAGGAUUCUAAAGAUGCGACAUCAUCCACAAGUCAGAAUUCUAAGCAGGAUUUCAUGGAGGAUGAAGAAAUUCUGAUUGCCAAAAUGCACAGUCUAGUCGGAGACAGAUGGUCUUUGAUAGCUGGAAGGAUCCCCGGAAGGACAGCAGAAGAAAUUGAGAAGUAUUGGACUUCAAGACAUUCUUCAUCGCAUCGAUAGUAAAAUCCCAAACAAAAAUCUGGGGACUUGCUUGUUUCUUUAAUGGGUUCACAAAUGUAUUACGGGAGAGAACAACAAUAAAACAUGUAAUUCCCUAAAUUUUUUCCUGAGCUACUUCAGCAUGUAAACUAAGUUAUCGCCUGGGUGACAGUACUGACUGACACCAUUUCUACUGCUAGUAGUCUACAUGUAAUCAUCAGAUUGUGGAUUUGUUUUGAGCUAUGUUCUGCUAGCUCUUGGUUUCUGGUUGUAUGAUUAAGUGUUCCGUUGUACUUUUUGUAUGAUUGGAGGGCGGUAUUUUUUUCCCGGAAAUGCUAUUUGGUUCCCUA